AUGGGGGAUGGGAGAGAGUCUACACUGACAGAAACAGAGUACUCUCCCCCGUCAAAGCAAGACACAUCCGAGACGGACUUCCCGGAUGGAGGAUUCCGUGCUUGGCUCAUUGUCGCGGGUACUGUGGCAAGUAAUGCCUCAACAUUUGGGUUCGUGAACGCAUGGGGUGUUUUCCAAACAUACUAUGAGCAAACGCUUCUGAAAGAUGUGUCUCCAUCCACUAUUGCGUGGAUUGGUUCCGUGCAAUAUUCACUGGUUUUUCUGCCUGGCCUGCUGACUGGCCGUCUCUUUGACCUCGGCUACUUCAAAAUACCUUAUGCAACAGCCAGCAUCCUCCUCGUGGUUUUGACCUUCCUCGUCGGCCAAUGCACCCAGUAUUGGCAUUUUAUUCUGUGUCAGGGGAUAGCAAUCGGUUUAAUGUGCGGAACCAUCUUUGGGCCUGCGAUAGGAAUAAUAGGCCACUGGUUCAAGAAAAGGCGGGGGAUCGCAUUAGGCAUCGCAGCUACGGGCUCCUCAAUAGGAGGGACGAUUUUCCCCAUUGCGACACACAAACUGAUUCCGUUGGUCGGAUUUCCAUGGACAAUGCGUAUCUGCGGCUUUAUGCUCAUGCUCACUCUUGGUUUCGCCAACCUGGUCCUUGCUCGACGCCUGCCAGCUAAAGACAUCUCAGGAGGACUACUCAACCUACGCGCGUUCCGCAACCCAGCGUUCACAGUUUAUUGCGUCUCCGGGUUCAUCGCAUUUCUCGGGCUAUACACAGUGCUGACCUACAUCGAACUGAGUGCCGUCAAGGUCGGCGUGUCACCGGAUUUCAGCUUCUACCUUGUGUCCAUCGCAAAUGGCUCCUCCUUGCUUGGUCGGGUGGUCGGAGGAAUAGCAUCCGACGUUUAUGGCCCACUGAACGUCCUUACACCAAUGACUCUGAUCGCUGCGGGGAUGACAUUUGCGUGGCCCCAUGCGCGUUCUCAGACGUCUCUCAUUAUUGUCGCGGUCCUAUAUGGCAUCGUGUCCGGAACUUAUGUCAGCGUCUUUCCGAUCCCUAUUAUUGCUAUGGGCGAAGUUUCAGACAUAGGUCGGCGGACGGGAAUGGCGCUGACUAUUGCAGCGGUAGGUGCCUUGGCCGGCCCGCCGAUAUCCGGCGCCAUUAACUCAGCGACUGGUGGGUUCGAGGCGAUGGGUUAUUAUGCCGGUAGCACGAUCGUGCUGGGAGUCAUGCUGCUUUUCACAACCAGGCAGCUACUUCUUCGCAGGUGGCGAGGCAAAAUCUAA